AUGGAUAUAGAAACAGAACCUGGUAAUGAGAACGACACAUCACGAGAACAAAUGAAGACCUCCAAUGACAAAACUACGCCGGAAAAGCCCAAAGAAACACAUAAUCACAAAAAUACAAAAUCCAAAAGGAGCAGCAGAUCAAGAACACCUCAGAAGAAACUCGAAGAUCCGAAAGUUUUACAUAUGACUCUAAAAAGAAUGGACGAAGAAUUAAACGGCAAGAAAGUAAAAGAAGAAAAGAUGGAAAGCAGAAAUGGCGAAUCGCAGAAAAUUGAAAAUGGGGAAAAAUUAGAGGACACGGAGCAAGUAGAGGAUAAGGAGCAAGUAGAAAACGGAGAAAAAGUUGGAAAAGAAGAAAAAGUUGUUAAAGGUGAAACAUUUAUAAAAGGAGAAAAAGUUGUAAAAGGGGAUCAAGUUGUAAAAGGGGAAAAAGUUGGAAAAGAAGAAAAAGUUGUUAAAGGUGAAACAUUUAUAAAAGGAGAAAAAGUUGUGAAAGGGGAUCAAGUUGUAAAAGGGAAAAAAGUCGAAAAUGGAGAAAAAUCUCCUAAAGUAGACUUAACAAAGGAGACAGAAAAUGGUGAACCGGCUAAAAUAGAAACAGUGAGGGAGUCUACAAGUGAAGCAGAAAAUGAUCUUGAAAAACCUAUCGACAAUGGUUUUAAUGGUUUUAAAGAAGUCAUCUCAACAGAACCAGAAAAACCCGGUAAACAAGACUCCAAAGAAACAGUCGAAAUGGAUCCUCUAGUAAUAAGCGAUGAAAUAGAUGCAGAAUUACAAUUUUUGGAGGAAAAUUCCGACAAAGAUUCGGGCAAAGGGUCACCCUUGAUGACUAGAUGUGCCACCAGGAGGUCUUACACUCGCAAUAUUCCUACACCAAAGACGCCGAAAUUGCCAGAUCAAGAAACUGAUUCGGAAAAAAAUUCGACUGUUGAUCAAUCUGAAGAGAUAUGUAACCUACCUAAUGACAUCCCGAUACCAAAGACGGACAAUCCAAACGACACUAAAGACUCUCUAGACACGGAAAACGCUUCGAUAAAAGUAGAAGUCGGUAGUGAUUCUACACGAUUGGAUUUCUCGGAAAUAAAUAACUCCACGGAACACGAUUUGAGCUACCUAAACAGUUUGAGGGACAGAGGUUUGUCGUCUAGGCGGCCAAUAAGAGGAUCAGAAGAUUACAGGAAGAGGGUUUUAAAGAAUACGUAUAACAAAUCGGAUUUGAAUAUACUCUACGAUGAGGUUAGUACGGGUGUGAAACGAAAGAACAGAAGUAUGACACCGGAAGAUUCGAAAAAAAUCCGUAUCGACUCUCCCGGAUACAGGACCUUUUUCACCAGCCCUUUCGCUAGCAUAAAGAAUAAAUUUAAGACCGACGUGCAGUCUAGCACACCGGAAUUAUUAGGUUAUAAGGAUGACAGGAGCCAUUUACAUUUUAAUGAUAAUUUAGACUUAGCGAAAAUAGAAGAGGCUGGAGACGAGGAGAAAAAGAGCUGGUGUUCGCUUAUGUAA